UAACCGAUAACUUGCCGGUUCAAGCCCCACCACCACCAAGUUGCCCUUUUGGGCCCCUGAGAAAAGGCCCUUAACCCUCAAUUGCUCAAAAUUGUGAUAAAAGUGUCUGCUUAAUACCGAAAAUGUAAAUUACACCCCCAACGCCGCCUUUUUGAUAAACUUCCUUUUUUUGUAAAAGGGUGUGAAAGAGGAAGUGACAGACGCAUGAUGGCGGCUGUAAAGCAGCUAAUUCUUUUCUCCGUUUUGGUCUCAGUUACGGCAUCCAGUGAUGUGUAUAAGGUGGUUAACAGUUCUGUUCAACUGGACACACAAGAUAAAAACGAUCAGUUUGAGGUAUUCAAGUGGAUAUUUAAGCAGGAGAACAGUAUUCUGAAAUACGACAGUGACACUAAAGUCAUAAAGGAAUAUGAUCCUUAUAAAGACCGGGUGAAGUUCAAUACUGAAACACUGAGUUUAACACUGAAGAACUUACAGAAGACUGAUAGUGGACUGUAUGAAGCAAAAGCUGAAAGUAACAAGGAUAAACUUGUGGCUCGUUACACACUGCAUGUUUUGGAUCCAGUGAAGGAACCAGAACUUACUUCUGUUUACCAGCAGAGCAGUAACUACUGUAAUGUGACCUGUUUAGGCCUCACACUCUCAAUCACCUCAAGCUUUGACAAGAAAACUUGUGAGGAGAGUGAUACAUUAACUGAUGGUGUCUCCUAUACACUUUCUCUCUGUGUUAAUGGCAGCCAUAUCAUCUGUAAUCAUAGCAACCCAGUCAGCUCAAAAGUGACUUCGGUGGAGAUAAAUCAAUUCUGCCCUUUUGAGCCUGAACCCACAUUUCUCUGGUGGCAGCGCAUCCACGCUUUCAUAGAUCGGCGAACUUCAUUAGCUGCAACCUUCAGCGAAGCCACGCCGAUCGCGUUCUUCCCGUAG